UCCCCUCCCUCGCAAGACAGAGCGAAGCAGAGCAGUUCAGCGGUCCAGCAAUCUCGUCAGAAAGAAAUGGAGCCAUGGCGGAGAGGCGAGGGGUCCAGCCUCAAGAAGCCCAUGGCCCCGCCCUUGGCCGCCCUCGGCGCCGAACUCCUCGGGAAGAUACUCCGCCGCCUCCCCGACAUGGCGUCGCUCGCCAGCGCCGCCCGCGUCUGCAAGCGCUGGGGCCGCGUGGCUUCCGACCCGGCCGUCUUCCGCCGCUUCGGCUCCCUCCGCAGGCCCCCGCUCGUCGGCGUCCUCGUCACCGACCGCGGCCGCGAGAAGUUCCCCCUCUACCGCCCUGAUGUCUGCUUCAUCCAGGCCCCCUCGCGCAACAACCCCGAGCUGGCCUCCGCCGCGGCAGACGGCGACUUCUACUUCAUGCACCACCCCAACGUCCACGACCACGACGAGUGGCGCCUCCGCGGCUGCGACGGCGGCCUCCUCUUCUCCCUCGGCCGCUACAGUACCGACCUCGCCGUCUACGGCCCCCUCGACCGCACCGUCGUCUUCUUCAAGCCGCCCGACGACCGGCUCUUGUUCUUCUACGCCAUCGUCGCCGACGAGGCCGACGCCUCGUUCCAGGUCAUCGCCAUACAGCCCGGGGACGACGAGACCUCAUUCGUCUUCUCCCCCCGCACCGGCAGCUGGGUCGAGAAUGGCUCCGUGUGCUCCGAGUGCUACACUGACGGCAUUGCCGCGGGGCGGUUCGCUUACUGGCGGUCCAACACCAAGAAGGACGAUUACAACGAAGUGAAGGAGGGUAUACUGGUGGUUGACACGACGACCAUGGUGUGGUCGUACAUGACCGCGCCGUUCCCCGUCGGCGAAUCCUACUGUGUGGCGCACAUGGCGGAGCACGGCGGGCUGUGCAUCGUGUCCAGCAAGGAGCAACGCGUGCUGCUGUGGGUCCGUGACGCCAAUGGUGGAUGGGUGGUCAAGCAGGAGGUCUCGCUGCUGAAUCAGUUUCCCUCCCUGAAAAGGCUUCGUCGUUACCAAUGGAUGAAGAGGGUGCGCAUCCUGGCAAUGAAAGCUGGCUAUGUCUACAUGGAGUUCUGGUCCAUAAGGAAUAAUGACUCCUAUCUUCUUGUGCUCAAUCUCAACACCGUCAAGCUGGAAAUGUUUCUCAACAAUGGGCUCAACAACGAGGGCAAGCCUUACAGAGGCCGGGCCCACCUGUCAGGUGACACGGUGGCCAAUCGGUGUGUGCCCGGUGCGCUGACUAGGACGAGGCCGGUGCGGUCGGUUACAUGGGCUCGGUCGGCUCGGUCGUGGGUCGGACUCGCCUCACUCUCGCUCGACCUCACUCUCACUCUCGCUCUCCCUCCUUUCUUCGAUUCGCCGCCCGCCGCCGCCACCACCUCAACCGGCUCGCCGUCGCGCCAUGGAGGACGAGAGCAGCCAGGACUCAAGCGUGCAAUACAUGAACCUCUCUGACGACGAAGCCAUGCAUUACCGGAUUCCUGCUAGCAUUGAAGACCAAGACUAUAGUGGCAUUGAGACAGCACCCAGAGCUCUUUGCCAUCAGCAUGGUGUGGCGGCUGAGAGGCGUGUAGCAUUCGAAGCAUUUAACACGGGCAGGAGGUUCUUAGUCUGUCCUAAGAGUGAAGAUGACAACUGUGGUAUUGUUCUCUGUAUUGACCCAGAGUGGCCUCCUACAUUGCAGAAUGCCUUGUUGAAGCUAUGGGAAAUGUAUCAUGACAGCAAGAGUGAUAGGGGGAAGGAUAACCUGGAGAGUUCACUCACUAUUCACCAUUUGAUUAAAGAAAAAAAUAAUCUAGAGGCCAACUAUGACAAAUUGGUUGAGGAUGUGCACCAAUUGUUCAAUGCUCAAGAGGAUAGGAUGGUAGAUUUCAGCUAUUUGCAGGCUAAGAUGCAGAAUGUGCAUGUUUCUGAUUUAGUUGUAUCUGACAUGAAGACAGAGAUGGGGAAGAAAGAUGCAGAGAUCUUCAAGCUGCAGGAGAAGUAUAAAGUACGGAUGAACCUGACACAAUCUCAAGGCACUUGCAUCAGGAACCUGAAGUUCAAUUAUCUAAAAGAGAAGGAAGUGCUUAGUACAUCCACCAGGAACCUGCAAUUCCAGGUUGAUGAACUCAAAAAAUCUGAGGAAAAGCUCAUCCAGGAGAACACCCAGCUGCUCCUUCACAUGGGUGAUCUCAAGAAGGGGCAUGACAAGCUCACAGCAAGGAGGGAUCAGCUAAAGAUUUAGAUUGCUGAACUGUUGAAGUCAAAGGAGAAGAACAAGUAGAAAUUGAAGGGGAUGCUGGACAUCUUGUCAGAAUGAAGAUGUAGAGGAAGAGCAAGAGCAAGAUCCAGAUCAACAUGAAGAAGAAGAAUGCUUGCUUUGCUGACCUUUUGUGAAGUAUGGUGUUGUUGUGAACUAAGUUAUGUACUAUGGAUGUGUAGUUGUUGUGAACCACUAUGUUGUUGCUUUAAGUUGUUGUGAACCACUAUGGUGUUGUGGUGAACCACUAUGUUGUU